AUGGACGAGAUGGGAAACGACGACGAAUUUUUAAGUCUUCGUAUCAAACAAUUGGAGCGCGGUAUGCCAUAACAUCUAAGUCGUUCUAUUCUUGAUCUAAUGUUGGAAUAUGAUGUCGCCUUGUUCUUGACAUAUUUUGCCACCAGCCCACAUCACCCAUAGGCUACGGCAGUUUAUCUUUUUCUUUCUCUGCGAUUUUUCUGAUUCGUUAUCUUGGAGAGUGGGACUUUUUCACUAAAUCGAGAUUCGGAUUGAGGCUCGCCAUAGUUGGCAGUACAGCCGUUAAUCCCCGAAGUCAGCUGUUUAAGAGGUACUCUAGUGUCUGUUUUAUAGAGUGUCGCGUGUUAUUGAAGACAAAAUGUUAUCAUAAUUUCGUGGAAACCUGAUAAUGUUCAUUGCUUAGAUACAUACAGUAACGGCCAUAUAGUAGAUGGUUGUUCCUUCUCAGGGUGAUGGUAAGGACUGUUAUGUCGUUCCCUGAUUUAUUUUAUCAUGUAGGUUCCAUCUUACCGUCAUCCUCCUAAGGGUAAUUUUGAAUAUUUCGGAAAUGCUUACUUUCAUGCCACUGAUUGGAAAUAUAGAAUGCCGGACUCUAUAUCGUCAACUUUCAAAAAGUUUUUGACAGGCCACAAGUUCCAAAGUUUGGCUAACAAUGUUAUUACUGCAGAACGUGAUGAUCUACAGAAAGAUGUUGAACGAAUGUGUUUGCAGCAAGCUGGUCCAAGUUAUCUUUCUGCUGCCACGCGGAUGCAUUUUCAGAGGUUUGUCGAUCCUGCUUCCAUUUGUCUUUAGUCUCUAGUUCAUUUGCCAGGUGAUUUCUCUGUCUACGAGAUGAGGUUGCUACAUAGUCAAAUUAAAGCCCGACCAGGACAGCAGGUUCGGAGGAGGAGAAUGAGAACCUAAGGAAGAAGUUAGCAGCGUGUGUCAGAGACAAUAAAAAUCUUCAGGAGGAGCUUUCAGAAGCUUACCGGAUCAAAGUACCUCCAUAUUUUUUGAGUUUCUAUUGAUUCUUGCUAUUUUUCUGUCCUUAACUCCAAUAUUCUGAUUUGGUUUGGAUAUUUUCAGGGCCAGCUCGCAGACUUGCAUGCUGCAGCAGUCUCAAAGGUGUGUAUUUAUCUACCUGAUGAAAUAAAUGAAUGCAUUGACUCCAUUUCUAAGUUCUAUUGACUAGUAUUUAGCUUGUUAUAAAACGUUAUUACUUAUUUUUACAGUCAUGAAUUAUUGGUCGUGUAAUGUUUAAAGGGGAGGGGAGAGAAAUGCAUUACACAUAAAAAGGAAAGUGAUUUUUUUUGCCUUAAAUCAUUCAUAUUUUGAGAAUGUUUGCCGUUAUUUUUGAGGUUUUUUUGGCUUUUCUCUGUGAUACCAUUGAUUUGGAAAUUUACUGCUGUCAAUUUAUUUUUCUGCUGGAAUAUAUUUUUCGACCAAAAAUAGUUGUCAUUGGGGAGAAGAACCUAAGGGGAUGUCAUUAAUACUAUCAUGCUCACCAUUUCUAGACUCUUCCCACUGUUUAACUUGUCAGAUAAGUCCGAUAAUUUCUUAUUUCGUAAUUUAUGAUUCAGAGACUGCUAAACUAGAUUAUCAUUUUAUGAUAUGCUUUUUACUGUGUCGAACAUGUUGUUGUGCUUUAUGUUAUAUCUGACUUCGAAUUAUAAGUUUGAAACCGUUUUACUCUCCAAUCUAGUUAAUAAACUGUUGUCAUGGGCUUUUGUUUUUGUGGGCUGUUGGUUUUGAUUCUUUAUAAGAAGUCCCCAAUGAAUCCGAAUUUUUUUUUUGCCUCUAGAAUAUGGAAGUAGAGAAACAGAUUAAAUUCUUCCAGAGCUGUGUUGCUUCUGCAUUUGCUGAGAGGGAUAGCUCUAUAAUUGAGGUUCGAGUUUAAAAUGUACUCAUCCUAAUUUUCUGAUGCAUAUUUCAUUUUAUGAAGAAUGCUUAAUCACUGCGGUAUCCUUUGUGGAACGUUAUUACAGGCUGAGAAGGCGAAGGAACAAUGGGAGACACUCUCAGAAAAACUGUGCGACUAUGGGAACAGGUAUUUGUUGGGGAUAAAGCUCACGCUUGAAUUCUGAAGAUUUAUUUUACACAAUUUUUUGUUGUGCAUUAACAUUUGUAAUUCUAUAGGCAUUGAAACUUCAAAUUUUACCCUUGAAAUAUUACAAAGAUUCCGUUUUCAGAAGUUUAACAUCUCAACGUAAAAAUAUAGACAGGCAGUUGGAUUCUUGUUUUGACGACUGCAUGAAAAAUUCUGAGAACCAGUUAACUUUCUAGGAAUCAUCUAGUUUUGUUGGGGGCUUCUUAAACCUUUGAAUCUAUACCCAGAAAAAAAUCAUAAAAAUCAGAUUUUUGAGGUAGUCAUCUGUUAAGAGUCCUUAAUAGAAUGUCAUGAAGUAGGUGGAUUGUUUGGUCAUUACUUCAAAGGAAACCCCUCUCUAUGAGAAGUUCCCUUUGUUUUGAAAUAGAAGGAAUAAUCAUAUUCCGUCUAUAGUAUUCUUUUUUAAUAGAGAUAAUUUUCCUGAAUGUAUUUUUUGGAUAUCUUCUUCAGUUUUGCUUAGUAUCGAUAUGUGCCAUGUACAUCUGGUUUUACCUUGUAAUUGGGGUGCAGAUUAUUCUACAGUAUUUUGCAAUGAAAGCUUGUUUGUCUAUUUUAGCAUUUCAUCUAUGGCAGGUUGCAAGAACUUCAGUCAAGCUACGAUGGUGAAAAGAAAUUGAAUUCCACUCUACAAGUGGAAAUGGAAAAAUUAAAAGAGCAAAACAAAAUCUUUGAGGAGGUAGCACGCAACCCUUUUGCCUUGACAUUUUUAAAGUACGAUCGAUGCAUGUGCCUAAUUCAUUGUCGUGUAGUUUUGUUGUUAAAAUUGUAUGUAUGUAUGCAAAAUUACGAUGCUUGAUUAAAUUUAUCUGGUAUCUGUGAUUGAGAAGAUGAAUGGGAUAACCUAAUUCUGGUAAGUUGUCUUUUAGUCUAUCAUCUUCUUAUGCAGUUAGGUGAAGACAUAUCGCAUAUAUGCAUAUACAUGAAAGAAUUUCAAUCUUUUUACUUUGCCUCUGUGUGCAGUUUAAAAAUAAAAGAGUUAAGAAUUAAGAGUUAAGAGUUAAAAGAGUUAAGCGCAUCAUCAAUCUCCAAAAAUAAAUGGGUUUUCUCAUUUGAAUUUGAUUUGUUCAUGUGCUAUUUAAAGGUUUAGAUUUAGAGCGUGGAAUGUAUAUUUGGACACACAAAUGUUACAUCUGUCUUUGAUGCUGUGAAUCAAAUUUAUAUGUUUAUGUCGUUGAUAUGAUUAAUUUUUAGUUUAAUUUAUUGCACGAUUGUCUAUGUAAUUUCAGGUUAUUUCUAAGUUUUCUGAGAUAAGAGAAAGUGCUACGGGGUGCUCCGAUUCUAAACCUUUGGAAGUUAAAUGUUCAACCCUUCUGAAUGAUCCUUCAGAAAUCUGGAUCUUCGGCAGCAAUGGAAAACAUGGCCACUCAAAUUAUAUUGUAAAUUUCGUGCUCUUGCAUUCCUUGUUCUGUUUUAUAAUAUUAUAAGACCUCUGAAUUCAAUCCUUUGAUAUAUAUGGCGCGGUUUAUUCAUGUUUUUUGGAAUAAUCUAGUUUCUAUGCGACUUAUUCAAUUGGUUUCAAGAUGGUGGGGAAAAUUGAAUAUUUUAUGAAUAAUUUCAUUUAAACUGGAUUCUGGAGGCACAUGAUGCCAGAGCUCAGGAGAGAUGGAAGAAAUCAUUAUAAUGCUGACUUUUUUUGGUUGGAGGAUGAAUCAUCUUCCGUGCCUGUACCAUAUAGCCCUGGCUUUUUCCAUUCUGAUGGUUGUCAAAUACAUAAUGGAGAUUCAAGCCAUAGAAAUGGAGUUGGACUCCCGUCAUUGGGAUACUGUGGGGGUAAAUGGCAGCCACGAAGCUUUGGUCUCCUCCGCGGCUACACUUUUUUGGUGCUUAACAUUUUCCAUAGUUUCUCUAGCAUUUACUUCAAAUAAUUUGCGCACAACUAAUCGAACCUCCAGAGACUUGCAUAAACCCCUGUGGUAUGCAGAAACAUAAUCAGUGCCUUCGAUGUUUCUCUUUUGGAGAUGGGAAUGAUUUUUGAAUCUUAUUAAAGCCUUCAAAUCAGUUGUACAAGGUAAUUGAAGCAGUUGUCAUGUUCAUCUGCUAUGUAGUGUUUUUUUCUUCAGUGAUGAGUACACUGAACAAAGGAGGGGUCCUAUGUGCAUAUCUGGAAUUGAAAAGUAAAUGGCAAUUCAUCCUCAAAGGGGUUUCUCUUGAGUUGAUUCAUUGGGGUGUGGGAGCGUUAUUCGAAUGUUUUGUUUUCUACUCUAGUUGAUGCAUUGGGCUGUGGGCUUAUGUUCCUUUGUCAAAAUUUGCAUCCAGGCUUUCAAAUAAAACCAGUGUGAGUAUGGAUAUUUUUCACGACAGGAUAUUUUUAAUUGGCAAGGAUUCCUUCACAAAAUGGAAAAACAUGACAUUGAUUGCUCACAAAACAUACAGCCUUGAAGGAUACACACUUUUUUCUGCACCAAUUACAGAAAAACAACGAUUCUGAAUGACUAGUGCUACACAAGCUACAACGAAAAAAGGUGUACUGUAUUGAGAACCCCCAAAUGACUAAUUCCUAUUUAUUUUGGUUGGUCUCAAUUAGAAUGUCUGAUUCUGUUUAAGCUUGGUAAAUAAACAAUCAAAUCUAUUUGUUAAGUAAUUGACCAUUUUCAUCUUGAUUGAAGAUCCUGGUCUAGGUUGAAUGGUCCGUUUGGUGGACCGCAUGCUUCAGUUACGUGUGGAAAUUGGAGGAAGAUAGGUUUGGCUGCUUUCCAGUUUUUGAAAAAAACUGAUUGGGUGUUGUGGGCUUACCUAGUGGUGAGAUAGAGGUUUAGAAUGAGCAAACAAAAUUCUAUUACCUACAUAACUGAAAUGGGGGAAAACUUCGUUCAUGGUUGGCAAUGGUGGUAUCUUCGGGAUAAAUGGAUUAUUACCUAUGGAAGAUCACGGCAUCAGAAAUAUCCAUUGUUGGCCUCUUAACGUCAAAAUACAAGAUGAACAACCGUUGAGAAAUCAAAUAUGUUACAUUCUUUAUGAAAAUCAAAUCCUCUCGUCAUCGCCAUUAGUCCUCAUUUCGCAGGAGAUAUAGAUUAUUUCCCCUAAACUUCGGUAUUAUGUUUAAUUCGGUGCAUAUUUAUGGAAUCCAUCUGGGUGCUCAAAAUGAAAUUGUGGUUCCGAGAUACUUCUCUGCUAUCCAAGUUUGACUCUCCGACUUACUUGUAAAAUACAAUUGUUCAAUGUUAGAUCUGAUAGUGUAUGGACAGUUGGACAUGCAGUAAAUCUUAUCUGGAAACGAUCUUUGCUUGUCUCCUUACAAUUGUUGACUUUCUCGUUUCAUACAGGCUUCAUUAGAGGAGCAGGUAGCGACACUUAGAGAAUCUGUUGACAGUCUACAAAAGAAAAUGAGAAUGGUUGGCGUUGGCUAAAUGCUGAUGUUUGACUUCUUACCUGCUUUUUCCUCAUGUGACUAAGGCACGUGUUUUCUCAGGGCAUGGACAUUGAACGAUAUUUACGAGGAAGGGUCCGUAGUUUGGAAAAGAAGCAAGUGAGUUAUUGGACUGUUAAGUCUACGUAAGUUUGUCCCAACUCAAUUUUUGUAUCACAAAAUGUCAACAUCACUUGUAGGUUCAGGCCGAGGACAAGUUCAGGCAUUCUUUAUCAACGUUACGUGAAUUUCUUAACCAACAGAGAUGUUCAAUCAUGACUAUUCUAGAAGAAGAAAGUAUUGAGAUGAGGUCCAUCCUUGUUGAGCUACAAGAAGAAAUGAGGCUGGUUCACAUGAAAAAUGAUCUGGAAUCUCUGGUUCCUACUGCAGAAGAAAAGUGUAACAACUCUGAAGAAGGAACUGCAGAUAUUACCAGUGAUGCCGAUUACAAUGUUAUGGUUAAGGUUUGCGUAAUAAGUGCAUCAUAAUUUUCAUUUUUCACGAUAAUUAACUUAUUCUGACAUGAAGACCAUAUGAAGAUUAUGUUAUUUUUUUUGGAUUUACCAAGUUAUUUGACAGAGGCUAAAAGUGCCAUUUAGAAAAGUCAACAUCUCUGAUUUGGUGGGUCACUCGUAAAUUUAGAUUGGCUGCAUCAAUAUGUUUUCCUACUGUAUUUUUUUUGGGUUUCUUCACUCUAAAUGCUUGUUGUGGGAGUUCUAUGAACGACAAGCUUAUCAAAAUGCUGGUGACUGGUUAAAAUUUUCUGGAAGGGAACGAUACCUCUUCUUCAUCAAUCUCAGACGGUGUUUUAUUGAUUUUAUUCUGGUGCAUUCAUGAGGAGGCCCAACCAUAUAUAUAUAUAUAUAUAUAUAUCCUUCUCAUGUUCAUCUGGCUUCCUUUUGCAUCAACAUGAGGAACUCCCAUGUUCACGCCCCUUCAUAAAUCAACAUCCUUAAGCAUGGCGCUUAUUAAGGUUAUGAUGAAUAACACCACCCUAGUUAUCAUGGAUGAAGAGUUGCCUACUUUGAAGUGCUUAUUAAUGGUCCAACUUACUAAUCUUAAUGCUUAUCAUUUUGAUGUUCUUACAUCAAAAUCGGGUUAUAUCUUUCAAGUUUUCCUUAAAUAUGAAAUCUGCGUCUGUCAACCAAAGCUGAGCAAAGGAAGCUAUCAAUCAAGCUUCCUCAUUUAAAAAUAAUGUGUAUUUAUGCACAAUAGUUGAUCAUCCAGAAAAUUGCACGGCGGACGAUUUGGUGUAAGAAAAAUAAACCUACUGCUUAGUUCUAAUAGUGUUUUGUGUAAAUAUAUUUCUGAAGGUAUAAAGAAAGGAUGCUUGUUGGCUUCAAUAAGUCAACUCUGUGUGGAUUAAUUUGGUAUAUAUUCGUUUACUGAUUUCCUAUGAUAUAAUGUCAUUAUGUAUUUAUGAUUAAUUGUUCCAUACUCUAGGGUUUCGUAGUUGCUCUAUUUCUUAUCCGAUCUGCCUUAGACCAUGAUCAUAGAUCUUUAUUUCUUUGCCGUGUCAGAAUCUUGUUUCAAUGGAAGCGCUUAAAACUCGAGGAGUUCAUAUUUUCAGUAGAUCACAGAGCUUAUUAUUUUUCGUAAGAUGUAGUUGAUUAUACUGCUUAUUAUUCGUCAUCAACUGAAGCCAAUCCGUUGACCACCUAGGUGGAUCCCACUGAACCCAGCUCGUCAGACGUCCUGGCACAAGCAGAGAAAGAGAAGGUCCUUUUUUUUUUCUUCUUCUUUCAGGAGAUAAUUGGAGUUUUGCAUUUUGAUCCGCGUGAAUAUUUCCUAUUAUUCCAAGUCAGCUGAAGCAUAUCCGUUGACUUUUCAGGAGGAGGAUCCCAGUGUACACGACAUUUCCAUUUACAGAGAGUGCUCGUCGGAUGUCCUGGCCCAAGUAUUGAGAGAGAAGGUUCUCCUUUCUUUCCAAGUGAUCAAUCACAUUUCUGAAUUCAGAUGAUACAUAGUUCUCGAGAACUGAAGAACACUUCUUUCCAGGUUGAGACGCUGUUGCUCUUGUCACAGGAGGAAGAGAGGCAUCUACUAGAAAGAGAUUUGAAUGUGGCUCUUCAGAAGAGAAUAGAGGAUCUUCAAAGGAGUCUCGUUCAGGUAAUAUGCUGUUUCUUAGCGUUGUCAAUAUGUAGUUAUCGUUGACUUUUCGAUUAAAAAUCGUGUUAAUUGCCAAUUUCGGUGGCAAUAAAAGGUACUCAAGUGUUGUGAAUUUCCUUAUUUGGACAUCUAAGUCGGUCCCGAUUUACACUAUGUUCUUGAUUGCUUCAUUUAUGCGUCGUUUAAUAUUUACCCCUGGAAGAUUACUUCCGUUGACUUUCUUAACAUAUUAUUUUUUAACCAAUUAAAUUGGUCCUAGAUUGGUUCUUGGAUUUUCUUCCUAUAAAUUAAUAUAUCGAGCAGUUAAUCUUUUCUUUUCUUUUUUCCCACCACGCUGUUCAGGUCACCAGUGAGAAAGUGCAGGCUCUGGUCAGUUUGGCCCAGCUGAAGCAAGAAUACCAUCUUCUUCAAGUGUAUGGGCCUCACCUUUUUUACCAAAAAUCCAUCUCAUCCCAUUCCCAUUUAUGGAAAUCUCCUGUCAUGAUAUUUCCUUCAGACAUCCAGCCUGGACCCUUUUCCACAGAAAUUCUUAAGCCUUUGACUUUCCGGUCAACCUUCCAGGAACAGUGGCGGCGGCACCAAGGACUUCGCUGUCCAAGAGCGAGGGGAGAGGCUGAAGAACCUCCUGAAGAGAACAUAUCUCGGACGCUGGGUGGGGAGAAGUGACCGUCAAAGUGAAGCUGGUCUUACUACUAUGGCGGACGGAAGUGAUCCCUCCCACCAGAAGACCGACCACUCUCUGGAUUUGACCAGGUCCCUGUUCAUAAGAUCUUCAUGCUUGCCCAUAAAAGAGAUUUUUGUAAUUUGAUCGUUAAUAUUUGAAAUUUUUUUUUUAUAUAUAUAAACCUCAGAUUGAAGGCGGAGAAUGCAGCUCUCCGGGAGGGCAUCGCCAACGUUGACCAACUCGCUUCUUCCAUCUGCAGGCUUCGUCUCUCUCUCCUGAAGGUCAUUCUUCUCCCAUCACUUUAAGAAAUAUUGGGCUGGGCCUCCAUAGCCCUAUAAUUUGAUAAAGGCCCCUCAAUGUUUCAGGUCAUAGACGAAGCCAGGUCUGCUGCUCCUGCGGAGGAGAGCCUAGCCGUGGCGUUGGACGGGAUACUUCGUGAAGCGGACAGCGUUAAGAUGGUCCUCAGAAGCGCCCUCCCCAUCAGCUGGUCCGCCGUCGUGGAGGACUCGCAGCCUACCGUUCUUGCGGAGGCAUCCAGAAGCGAGGAGGUGGAUCCCACCGCAGCCGUCGGAUCCGAGAUGGUGGAGCUCCUCGUCCUUGCCGCAGAGCUGACAAGGGACUACAUUGUCCCGCAAGUUUCCACACCAGCAAGCUAG